AUGCCCGAAGAGAUUCUUAUCGAAAAUAAACUUGGUCCAGCGCUGCGACCAUUCUUCCUCUCCCAACUCUUCCGCACACCUCCUUCCCUAAUGCAGCCAUUCACCACCGAAACUGUUAUCGUCACUAGUGCUAAUGAACGCCUCGGUGAGCAGCUCAGCUCAAAGUCUGAUGGAUUUUUCUAUGGCACAGAUAAGCCCCUAGACGGGUUCGACAGUACCUCCGACGGGAACAUGGCUAGUUACCUCAAAGGGCCCAACUUUGCGUCCGAUCAUGACAUGCUUGGUCACAUAGAAGAGCCUACCAUGUUGCCGACUGUACCCCAACUGACUAUCCCGCUGAGCCCAGUCCUUCAUUCUACGAGUCUGUGCCCGACUAUACCGCAUCACACCAAUCCUGCUGAGACUGCCACUGGCAGCACCAUUCCAGGCUGGGUUACUCCUGCCGUCUCAGGGGGUAGUGCUGUCAUUACAAUUGUUGGGGCAGCCAUAGCGGCUUUAGCCUUGAAACACACCAAAGUCCAGCGCCACCUGGCGGAGGAAAGUGCCCAUAACACUCGUGUACAGCGCGUGAUUGACCAGUAUGAGAGCGAUGGGAAAGAGUUGGUUGCUAGGAUUGAAAAGCUGCUUCCCCACGUGCAAGGCAUGAACCUGGCCCAGGCGGAGCGCGAGAUACAGACAUCUCUUGCCGCGGUUCGUACUACUCUGUAUUGGGCAAAGGAAAACAUUCGUGCUUCGAAUCCCCCGUUGUCAAAGAAACAGGAACUCCAAAAGAUGAGAGCAGUAUACAGGGAUUACUGCUCAGAACUAUGUGAGAUCGCAGAAAUGCUUGUCAAAUCAUGUCAGCAUGUAAUUGAUAACAAUGACGACUCUGGUGUUGAAGAGGGAGGAGCUUUAAGUUAA